UAUCAAGCGUCAUACUCCGCCAGAGUAGCAAAUAACUCCCCUAAACCCCGAAGCACAAAAGAAGAUCGGGAGCGGCAAAACAAAAAGCAGUCUCUUCCAAGCAAUUGAGAGAUGAGCAGCUCUCGCGAAGAUUCUCCAGAUUGGUUGCGUUGUUUCCAGGCACCUAAUCAUUCAGUGGUGACAUUAUCUUCAUCUUCCGAUUCUUCUCCAAAUAAUAGCCCAAUAAGGGACAAAGAAAUCCACCAUGGAGAACCAUCUUUAGAUUCUGUGUCAAAAUCUCAAGAUAUUGAUCGGAAUAAGGAUGAGGUUCUUAUUGAUAGUGGUGGAGAAUCUCCCGUCAAUAAAGCCCGGAAAUCAAAGGCAUCGAAGAUCAGAAAGAAAGUUGUGAAUGAUAAUCUGGGAGAAGGUAUACGAAGAUGCGAUACAGGGGAUGGAUUUGAGGGUGAAGCCUCUGAGAAGGAAAUACUGGAGAAGCCCAUGGAACCCCAGGUCUCCUCAAGGUUGCCCUUGGUGUUUCCUGAGAAAAUUCAACGAUUGAAGGCACUUGUUGAGUGCGAUGGGGACUCCAUAGACUUGAGCGGAGAUGUGGGUGCUGUUGGCCGAAUAUCAUUUUCAAGUACCCCAAGUGGGAGCAGUGAAAUGCUCUUUGACUUGAAAGGAAACAUAUACAAAACAACGAUAGUUCCUUCCUCAACAUUUUGCGUAGUUAGCUUUGGUCAGGCGGAAGCAAAGAUAGAGGCUAUCAUGAAUGACUUCAUCCAAUUGAAACCUCAUUCUAAUGUGUACGAGGCUGAGACCAUGAUUGAAGGAACCCUUGAUGGAUUUUCAUUUGAUUCGGACGAGGAGGGAGACAAGGUGCCUAAAGCUUCUGCUCGUCAAAGCAAACAAAACAAUGAAAAUGAAGAUGCAGCUGAUGUGAAGGCCAAUGGAAAGGGUGCUACACGAAAGAGGGCUAAAGCUACAGGGAAGCCGGUUAAGACGGGUGGAAGGAAAUCUCAAGGACCAAAGAAGCCAAAGAAAUCUAAGAAAUGAAAAUAAUGGGGUGUUUUCUCAUAAUGCCUUUCCAUGUACCGUAAUCAUAACAUUCCGCCGGUUUUCGGUGGGUAAAGAAGAGUGAAAAUCAAGAAAUUGUGCUGCAUGCUUUAGAAUAUUGGCAGCUUAAUGGCCAGAAAAAAAGGAAAUAAAAUAGAGGAAAACCGGUCUUUCCAUUGAGAGGUUUGCUAGAAUACAUUCCGACAUAUUGCUAUACGAUACUUUGGGACCUUAACUUUUGGAUUUGGGGUCAUCUUUCAAUGAUUGAAACUGUGUAUAUGAUGGGAUUCCUGUAGGAUGGGAUCAGAGGGACAGUCAAAAAUCAAAACUCUUUGAUUGAAAUAUUUCAAUCCGUUGGUCAUUUGUCUCGUUUUCUUACACUACGGACGGUUUCCUUGGACUGUGAAUUAAUUUAAGGUUUGAAAGCUUAAA